GUAAUGAAUGUGAGGCAGAGAGCAUAAGCAUCAUAUUGCUUGACAGCUGCAGAUCAAAUGAGACGAAAAUAACAAUUUUACACCUAGACACACACACACACACACACGCCUAGCUUACCCGUUUUAUUACUUGCAUUUGCCAAGUUGCUCUCAGUCUCUUUUUACGACUCUCAUGAAGCAGCUUGGUGUUGUGCUCUCCUGCAAACUAAUUUGUAUUGGAAUCGGAAGUAGUUUUUAAACGUUUUCGUACCCAAGAAAAUAAGAAACCGGUUGGUCUCCAAUUUAGUGUUUGAUGGCAGCUUUAUGGCCUAUGGUGGCUGCAUUGUGGGGCCAGAGCAAAGCAUGGCCAAAACAAAACUGUUUUAACUGCCAUAGAGAUUGAAUGAAAAGUCACUGAGUUUGACGCAAAGCAAAGCAACGGAAAAAACCAAACAAAUUUCAGAUCACGUUCAGGAAAGGCCUCUAACGUGAAUAUGGGCCUGAAUUACAAUUUCAAGAAAAUGCAUUUGCUUCUUGCAUUGGCAGUGAUAUUGGUGGCACUGUUGGCUAUUAACCCCAACACCUUGGCCUUGACCACAACGUGUGAUCGCAUAACCCAACAUGGCUAUCCUUGCGAAAAUCAUGUGGUGACUACCAGUGAUGGCUAUCUCUUGACCAUGUUUCGCAUACCCAACUCUCAUCGCAUGGAGAGCCGCAAAGUGGAUAGCAGGCCUGCUGUGUUGCUAAUGCAUGGCACCCAAAGCUCUUCCGAUAUGUGGGUGCUUAAUGGGCCCAACGACGGUCUACCCUUUAUGUUGGCCGAUGGCGGCUUCGAUGUGUGGCUGGGUAAUGUUCGUGGAAAUAUUUACUCGCGCAAUCACACCACCCUUUCACCAUCCUCAAGUGAAUUUAGAGAUUAUUCCUGGGACGAGAUUGGUCAGAGAGAUAUGCCUGCCAAAAUUGACUAUAUACUAAAACAUACAGGUGACAAAUCCUUACACUAUAUAGGAUUUUCUCAGGGAACGAGAAUAUUUAUGAUUUUGCUAUCCAGUAAACCUGAAUACAGUGCAAAAAUAAGAUCCUCCCACAUGUUGGGCCCAGGAGUAUUUCUGUGUCAUGUGCGUUCCCUAUUACCUACAUUGCUGGCUCCCUUCCUGGGGAGACCCAGUGCCUUGGCCACUUUGUACGGUUCAAUUUCGACCAAUGCAUUUGGUGAGCUAAUAAAUACUGUGGGUCCAGGUCUAUGCCGCCAGAGCUCAUUUGUACCCUUAUGCAUUAAUGCCUUACAAUCGACUGCUGGCCGGGGAUCUCCCUAUAUAAACAAAACCGUAUUACCCGAGUUCUUUGCCACCAAUCCAGCGGGUUCAUCACCACGUUUAUCAUUGCAUUUCUUCCAACUCACAGCCUCCUGUAAAUUCCAGGCCUUUGAUUUCGGUCCCGAAGAGAAUAUGCGACGCUAUGGCCAAUCGUUUCCUCCACCCUAUGAGCUGGAAAAUAUCAAACUUCAGACUCCCGCCGAGUUGUAUUUCAGUGAGAAUGAUUAUUUGGCCACUGUAAAAGAUGUCCAACACUUGUCGCAAAUCAUGGGCGAUCAGGUGAUACCGCAUCGCGUCAAUUUAACCAAAUACAAUCAUUUUGAUUUUAUCCUAGCGGAAAAUGUUAAGACCGUUGUCAACGAUUGUGUCCUAGAUAAAAUGCAAAAAUACGAAGGAAGGCCGUUCAAUGGUAGUUUGUGUAAUUAUUUUAUAGAUAAACCGUUUGACGAAAAAUAAAAACAAAAAAUCUAUCAUAUAAAA